UUAUAGAAAUAAAAUUAUGCAUGUUUAAAAAUGGAAAAUUUGGAUAAGGCAAGUAUUACACAAAUGGAGGAUGGAAAACAAAGGAAGCAAAAUCAAAAGAAAGAAAAACCUAAAAAAGAAAAAAGUGAGUCGCCACAAAAAGUAAAACAAGCUGAGGCAGUGAGUGGAGAUACACCAGUGAAGACAAAAGCCGAACUAAAAGCAGAAAGAAGAGCUCUACAGGAGGCUCAAAGAGCAGCAAAGGCUGCUGCCAAAUCUCAACAAUCUACAGGUGCUCAAAGAAAGGUCAAUCCACAAUCUGGCCAAAAUGUUCAGCCAAAGAAGAUUGACAAUCAACCACCUGUAAAACCAAAAGCAACAAGUGAGACAACCGGUUUUCGUGUUGCCUAUAAUGUUCAGAUGGAUGAUGAGAAAGUGCAAAAGCACAUUUCAAAGAAGUUAGCCAAGCAACAAGUGCCUCAACGUAAAACCACUCAGAAAAAGGUGGAUCUAUUUUCUCACCUUCAUCAAUACGAAAAAGAUAUUUCCCUCACAAAAGAUAUAAGUUUUUCUUCUGGAAAUAUUCAUCCAGCUAUCAUCAAGCUUGGUCUACAAUAUGCUGAAGGAGUCAUCACAGGUUCAAAUGCUAGAUGCAUUGCACUGUUGUGUGCAUUUAAAGAAGUAAUCAAUGAUUAUGUAACACCACCAUCGAAAGAGCUGUCAAGAGAUCUGGAAACUAAGAUCAAACCAUGCAUAAGCUUCCUAUCCCAGUGCCGUCAUCUUUCAGUCAGUAUGGGUAAUGCUAUCAAGUACUUAAAACAGCAAAUCACACAAACUCCACCUGGAAUGCCAGAAAAUGAGGCAAAGUCGAUGCUGAUAGAAAAUAUUGACAAUUUUAUAAAUGAACGAAUAAUACUUGCUGGUCGGCAGAUCUCAAUACUCGCACGCACAAAAAUACAGAACGGCGAUAAAAUUCUUAUAUAUGGUUUCUCCUCCUUAGUUGUUCAGAUUUUAAAAGAUGCGAAAGAAAAUAAAAAAGAAUUUGAAAUAGUUGUAGUGGAUUGUAGACCAGAUUUUCCAGGUCGUGAAAGUAUCAAACGGUUGGCGGAGGCGGAUAUAAAAUGUUCAUAUGUACUUAUCAAUGCUGUUUCUUAUAUAAUGAAAGAGGUAACUACUGUCCUUCUUGGUGCGCAUGCGCUAUUAGCAAACGGUAAUGUUAUGUCACGUUCUGGAUGUUCAAUGGUUGCUAUGGUAGCGAAAGCAAAUAACGUUCCCGUUUUGGCAUGCUGUGAAACGUACAAGUUUUGUGAAAGAGUGCAAACCGACUCGUUUGUUUUUAACGAAUUAGGGGAUCCCGAUGCACUUGUUCAUCUAAAGCAACCAAACCAGGAAGACAUUCUGUCUGGAUGGAGAGAGAUGGAAAAUUUGCAUCUUCUAAACUUAGUGUAUGAUGUCACGCCAUCAGAUCUAGUGGAUAUGGCUGUGACGGAGCUUGGGAUGAUUCCUUGUACGUCUGUACCUGUUGUACUUCGUGUAAAAAGCACUGAAAAAUUAUAAAAACAGCAAAAUAUGUUUUUAUCUUA